AUGCCGGGGCCAGACGGAACACGGCUUCCGCCGUUCUACUCACCACGACCAGAAGCUGGGGACCACUCGCAUGAUGGCGACGUCGAACAAGCUGACUUCUUGGUCUCCGCACACAACCCCACUCUUGCAGUCGAACACCCACCCACGCCGUCUGCAGAACCGCAAACACAACCACCCCCCGAUUCCCUCCUCUCCCCAGCAUUCACGCCCCCCGCGACACCGGGCACCGCUACGCCGAGCCAUGCCACGAGCGCCACCCCAAGGGAGCCGCGCGGUAUCCCCGUAGACAGUACCGUCCCGACCGGUGGAUGCGGCAGCAAGCAACCACAGCUGCUCGAAACGUUGCCAGAGGUCGAAUGCGUCGUACGCGCCCGUAUCCCAACUACCAGCGGGACUGAGAUGUUUCUGCAUCUCUACACGAACAAUGUGGAUAACAAGGAGCAUCUCGCCAUCGUGUUUGGGGGGCAGAUCCGGAGCAAGUCGCUCGAUGCCGUGAGGGAGGGGGAAACCGAAAUGGAUCGUCUAGUGAGAGGUGCAUACACAGGCCGCCUAUUUCCUGGGAGGACAACAAGCGGGCUCGACACAACCCCUGGGCCGGCUGAUGGACAAGCAACGCCUUCGGAAGCACCACAACCUCCCCUGGUGAGGAUACACAGUGAGUGUUACACGGGAGAAACGGUUUGGUCCGCACGUUGCGACUGCGGUGAACAACUCGACGAGGCGGCGAGGUUGAUGUCCUUACCUGGCAAUCAAUCCGGCGGCAUCAUCGUGUACCUCCGGCAAGAAGGCCGUGGCAUUGGCCUCGGUGAGAAACUCAAAGCGUACAACCUGCAAGAUCUCGGGUCCGACACCGUCGAGGCAAACUUGCUACUACGCCAUCCCGCCGAUGCCCGGAGCUACGGACUCGCCACAGCCAUGCUGCGUGAUCUGGGUCAAACGGAGAUUCGUCUCUUAACUAACAACCCGGACAAAAUCCGGGCCGUGGAGGGGCCUCAUCGGGAAAUCGCUGUCAAGGAAAGAGUGGCCAUGGUGCCGUUGUCAUGGAAAGGAAGGGGAGGAUUCAGAGCUCCUGAGGUGGAGGGUUAUCUCAAGACAAAGAUCGAGAAAAUGGGUCAUAUGCUGGAUAUGGCCGGCUUGUCACGAGGAACAUAG